AGAGAACGUAAGUUUCCACGAGCUGUUGAAUUUGCUGAUCCAAUUCAUCAAUUAUUUUCAUCUAGUUCAAAUACUGUAGAAGAAACAACAGGCAGUUCGAUCUUUGACGAAGGGGAAUUGAUAGAAGAUAUUUCCGCAAUAUGUGCCAAUUAUGAGCAGUUAAAUGUGCAGGUAAGACUGCGAAAACCCUAUUUUUCAACGGCCUCAAAUGAAUUAUAUGUUGUGGAAAUUUUAAUUGGAAAUCUUCAAAUUGACGACUCAUCACUUUUGCUCGACUCUUUAUGUGACGAUUAUUUUGCUCAUAUUGAAUGGAAGUUUUUGGAUUUUCCUUUGAGUGAAUGUGAAACACCUAGAAAACCAUUACCACUUCCAAGAAAUUCACAAUCUACGGCAACAUUUAACUUCCGAAAAUGUAAGAAAAAACUGUCGAAAAUGUCAUCAAUGAACAGUGUUUUUCAAAGACCGGCCAUCCAAUCUAAGAUGCAUUCUUUAAAGAGUAUUGACCUAAUGUUUUACCCUAUUCUAAGGUUCACACAUCAUGACCGUCAAAACUUCCAUUAUAAAUUUGUUCUAUAAAC